GGUUUGAGCAAAUUUCCACAUCUUCCUCUUUCACAGCAGUUACCCCUCAUCCUCUGCUCAUGCAUUUAUAUCAACUCAGAUACUAAAUCAUACUUUUAGCCCUUUUCUUCCUCAGGGGAAACACAAUGGACUGGAUAAUAAUAGUUUUCCUGUCAGUGUUCAAAACAGGACUUGGUUUCAAUAUUGAUCCCGUGGCCUGGAAGUCAUGGAGUCAUGCCUCUGCAGAGUUUGGCUACAAGGUGGUGCAAAGACGGUCGGACUUGCUCGUCAGUGCUCCGCUAGCACAGUACUCACCAUUUGGAAGAGGGCAAAUAUACAGGUGCUCCGCUGCUUCCAUUCAAAAGCUGCAGAUUCAAGUGCCAGAACAUGCAGUCAACAUGUCCCUUGGUUUGACGAUGACGAGUGACCCUGACACACAAUCAACUGUGGUAUGUGGACCAACCAUCCCAAAAGACUGCAGAAGUAUCACCAUGUACAAUGGUGCAUGCAUUGAGAUACAACGCAAUAAUGGUGUUGGACCCCUUGUGCCUCCUUCUCCUCCAGACUGCCGAACAGAAGCUGAUAUUGCUUUUCUCCUCGACGGCUCAGGCAGCGUAUCUUCGGAUGAUUUUAUAAAAAUGAAGCAGUUUGUGAAAAACUUGGUUCGUCCAUUUGUGGGAAAAGAUGCACAGUUUGCUGUUGCACAGUUCUCAUUUGAACCCCAGGUCCACUUUUACUUCAACAAUUUUUUCUCAUCUGGUAAUUGGGAGACGAAAAUUGAUAAUAUUCUUCAACAACAGGGAGGAACUUACACAGCUAAAGCCAUCAAAUUUGUGGUCAACAACAUUUUCACAUCAGGACGUGGUUCCAGACCAAAUGUGAAGAGGAUCUUGAUUGUCAUUACGGAUGGAGCAUCUCAUGACCGUGACAGUCUGGGAUCUGCAGCAUCCUCAGCUGAGAAGGAAAAGAUUGUUCGAUUUGCUAUAGGGGUGGGAGAUGCAUUCAGUGAUGCCGGUGCAAAAAAGGAACUGCGAACCAUUGCAUCUUCUCCCGUCCAAAACCACGUCUUUCAAGUGGGGAGCUUUGAUGCACUUGAGGAAAUAAGGAAUAAUUUAGAAGACCAAAUUUUUGCUAUAGAAGGAUCUCAGACCAGUGGAGACUCGUUGAAAUUGGAGAUGGCUCAAGAGGGAUUCAGUGCUGCUUUUGUGCCUGGGGGAAUUCAAAUGGGUGUUGUUGGCGCCAACCAGUGGAAAGGAGGCUACCUGCAAUACACCAACACAGGAGGGAGACUGGGAUCAUAUCUGCCUAAUAUGGAGCCUGACAGUUAUUUGGGUUAUUCCAUGGCAGUUGCUAGAACCCCACAGGGGACACUGACAAUUAUUGGUGCUCCGAGAUAUCAGCACAGAGGAGUUGUGCUGGCUCUUCAUUCAGAUGCCCCUCAAAAGAUUGAUCCCUUUCCAUGGCAGUUCCAGACCGGUGAAUAUUUUGGGGCAGAGGUUUGUGCCAUGGAUGUGAAUGGUGACCGCUACACUGACCUCGUCCUCAUAUCUGCCCCGAUGUACAAGGACACUGAUAGAGAGGGAAGAGUUUAUGUUUGCAUUCUGACUGGUUUGAGUGUAGAGUGUCACUUUGAUUCUCCACUGGUUCUGAGAGGGGAUGCGUCUGAUGGAGGAAGGUUUGGCUCUGCAGUCGCUGUGCUGUCUGAUCUGAACACAGACGGACUCAAUGAUGUGGCGAUCGGAGCUCCACUGGAGAAUGACGGUCAAGGAAGCCUCUAUAUAUUCCAUGGUGAAGGAGGACGGAGAAUCAGUGAUACUUACUCACAGAGAAUUGCUGGCUCCGAAGUCCAGCCCGGACUCAGGUUCUUCGGCAGGUCCAUCGGUCAUUCGUCCUUUGACCACAGUGGAGACAAUCUGCCAGACCUAGCAGUGGGUUCAAAGGGCAAGGUUUUCUUACUCAGAUCAAGGCCUAUAGUGAUGGUAGACGUGACAGUGUCCUUUAGUCCAAACCACAUUCCUACUCAAAACCCAGUGUGCUCUGUCGCACUGACAAGCACAGCUCAGGUGUGCUUCAUCAUGACCAUGCUUUCUACAGCACCCACAGCUCAAGCAAAGAUCAACUACACAUUAACACUGGAUGCCACGCGCAAGCCCCCAAACAACAGAGCUUACAUCAGUGGCAAACAGCGAGAGAAGACUGGCUCCAUUGAUUUAGACUUAAAUGGGAGAAAAUGUAUCCAGGUGCAGUUCUUUAUCGAUGCUUGUCCAGAUGAUGCUCUCAAUGAAAUUAACAAUGAGCUCAAAUUCACCUUUGAUGGUUUGGCCUCAAACACAGUUGGCCUUAAACCAAGUCUCUCCCAGCAGGCUAAAAAAACAACCUUUCAUUCUUUGGGGUUUGAGAUCAACUGUGGCUCUGACAACAAAUGUGUGGACAACCUGAAGGUGGAUUUCAACUUCACCAGAUCAUUGGAGGUUAAAGUGGGCAUUGAUGAACUCUUGAAUGUCACUGUGUUUGUGGAGAACAGUGAGGAAGACUCCUACAACAGCCAGGUUAUCCUCACCUACCCAGCCGGCCUCUCCUACAGGAAGUUCACCAGUCUGCAGGGAAAUAUCGAGUGCAACUCCUUGGACAGUGAGGAUGGAUUACAGCAAGGAAGAACCCAGUGCAGUGUCAACAAGCCCAUUUUCAAGAGCAACACUGAGGCUGUCUUCAUUGUCUCAUAUGGGAUUGAAAACAGUCAAGGACUUGAGAGGAGAAUUUUCAUCACAGCAAAUGCUACCAGUCAGAACCAGGAUCACUCCAGUUCCAGUGACCUGUAUAAGACUAAAGGGAUCGAUGUGAAGUACAGCAUUUUUGUUACGAUCGAAAGCUCCCUCAGCUACGUCAAUUUCACCUUUGGAAAGAAUGAUUUGCAGAAACCACUCCAACAAACAAUUGUGGUGACGAAUGACAUCAGAGCGCUGAACUUCACCGUGGUGAUCCGGGUGCCAGUGAAGCUCGGUGACAAAGACAUCUGGGUGGAUUCUAACAGUUUACAGGUUCCACACUGCCGAGCCGACACGGACGAACAGUUCUCUGUUGCAGAUUUCGUCUCUGUGGUGCAGAAAAGUAAAGUGGUGGACUGCUCUGUGGCCACGUGCCGAGUGUUCCGCUGCACCAGGUUCAUGGGAAGACUGGAGAGCGUCAAGUACACAAUCUCUGGCAACCUUAGUUCUAACUGGAUUGAGCAGAUUAAACUUCCCUCUGCCAAAGUCCUCCUGACCAGCACAGCCAGUCUGGAGUAUGACACAAACCAGUACAUCUUCUUUUCAACAGGGUCUCAAUUCAACUCUCCCAUUCACAGGAUUGAAGCAGAGGUGGAAGUCUAUCCUGAACCAAACUUCACUAAAGAAAUUGUUGGCGGUUUGUUCGGAGGGUUGGCCCUGCUCGCUUUACUCACCGCUGGCCUCUACAAGGCUGGAUUUUUCAAGAGUAAAUACAAACAGAUGAUUAAUGAAAGUGCAGAGGGAGAAGCGGCCGAUGGAGGUGCACCAGAACCAGGACCAGGACCAGAACCAGAACCACAAACAUAAAAUAACAAUAUGUUGAUAACAUUUAGAGUGACACUGCUUUUACUCACGAGUGUAGUCAUAUCUUCUUAAAGGAUUAAAAAAAAAAUUCAGGGGAUUAAAUUAUUUCACUCACUGAACUGUUUAGUAAUUAAUUAAUUAAUUAAUUAAUUAAUUAAUAAAGCUUUAUUUGUAUA